AUGGGAGGCAGCACUUCGUGGGUCUGUCUGGAGUGCAAAACACCAUCACAACGCUGCACAUUGGCAACUGCACCAUCGCAUAGUACGUUGCUGGCAUCAGAGCGCCGUUCACCUGAAUCCGCAUCACCUUGGCGAGAUACUCCACAAAUGUCAGAGGCACCGAAUGGUAUGGACCAAGAACACAUGUGCAGGUAUGACGACAUGUUCUUGAAUGACUCGAAUAACUCAGACGAGGCUAGUAGGCAUGACGAAAUGUCGGUUGCCAGGACUCCAAUCGGUGCCCUGCAGUCCCUAAGCAGUUCAGAUGCCAGGUCGAUGGGUGGCGAAUCUUCCAGCGGCACCAAAGGUUCGGCCACAACCCUAAUACCCGCGAAGUCUACGAUACACUGA